AUGGAAGACAUUAAAUAAAGGAUAUCCUAAACCGAACCAAAUUCAUCAAUAAAUCUGCAAUAGAUAGAUACAACACUUUCUGAUUGUUUUUACUAAGCCCUAAAAGAACUUAAGAAUGAAAAUUAAUUAAGCGAAGAACACAAAAAGAAUGCAAAAAUCCAGCUCAUCGAAAAUAAUAGAGAGCUUCUUCAAUUACUCUUUAAUUCCAAGGGCGAUCUUAAAAUUAUGAAAGAAAAUGUUAUUAAAUUCAUAAAAAGCCACUUUUAAAUGCCACCAAGAGCUAUGAAAGAGAGUAGUUUUUCUUCAAAUUCAUCGUUGUUGGAAGUUUAAAUUUCGCGUAAUUCUGGCAAAAGUCCCUCGAAUAUCUCCUCUCAAAAUAAACCUGAGAUAAGCACUUUCCUUAAAUACCUUGAAGAUUUAUUAACUAAUUCUCCUAGUAAACUCAACUAGUAUGAUAAAAAAUAGCUAUAAAAGAUUUUCAAAAAAUUAUAGUAAGUUGUUUUUGAUUAGAGUUCUCCUCUUGCACCUUAAAGAAAAAGUCUUAAUUCUUCAAAUCAUAAUUUGCUCUCAGCUGGAAAUCUUUCACCAGUUAAAAAUUAAUUCUCAUCUGAGGAUAUUUUGUCUCUAUACAAUAUUUACAAAUCAAUUAAGUCUGUUUACAAAGAUUUAUUGCGUUUGGCUCAGCUCUUUGUGCAAGAUAACUUAAAUAAAUAACAAACCUUAUAUAAUGUGAAUAAGUUAUUAAAGGAUUUAAUAAAUGUAGAUUCAUUUUGUUUCAUUUCUAAUCCAAACACUGGCUGUAACAGCGCUACUCAAGCAUAGCCUUAAUAGCAGAAGAAAUCAAAAGCUGAUGAAGGUGGUGCUUUAUAAUCUAUAAGAGUUUCUGAAUCUAUUAUACAAGAAAAUAAGUAAUAAAAAGAUUAAGAUUGGAUCUUUUUUGAUUCAGAGAGUUAUGAAAAAAAUUAAAGUGGAUAUUCUUUUUCAAGCGAUACUCUUGCUGACGAAAUUUCUUAAUUGCAUUAAGGAUUAAUAGAACUUAAGGAUUUAGAUUCUAAUACCUUUCCUACAAUCAUAGCAAAAUGUAGUAGCUAUAAUUCUUAAUAUAAAGCAUAUGUAUACAAAUUUUACAACUUAAAAAGCGAGUCUUAUGAAAUUAUAUCGCUUAGAUAUGAGAACGAAAUCUCUUUCUUUAAUGAAAAAUCCAAAAUUAUUACAAAUAAUUUGGCACUUCCAAUAUAUCAGAAUUAGGCAUUCACAUAUUUAGGACAGUUUAUUGUUAAUACUAUCUAAAACCUAAACAGUUAGAGUGAAUGCUCUUUCUAAAUUAUAGAUUUAAGUCAUACAUUCUUGAAUUUCGGUAAAAAUCUCCUAAUAGAUUCUUUCCAAUAAAAAUUAAAAUCAACCUUCAAAAUAAAUACCCAUGUAAAAUAAAUUGAUACCAAGGAGAGUAAAUCCUAAGAUGCUGAGGAAAGAGCGUCUUUGUUUAAAAACUCUUAGUUAGUUUUAGAAGACGAUUAUUCAGAUAUUGUUUUCUAAAGCACAAGUGGAGAGAGUAUUUUAAAUGAUCCUGCAUUAUACACCUUUUUUAUAGAAAUAUCACAUUAUUUUGCUAAAUACAAACAAUUCCUACUUAAAAUGAGCUAAAAAGUGUUUGUGUACAAAUACUUUUUGAGAAAUUAGUAUCAAACAUUCUUGGAUAUAUCUAAAAAAGGAUAACUAAAAUUCAUUUCGCACUCAAAAUCCAAUUUAGAUAUAGAUUAUAAUGAUAUUUAGGAAAGACCACUCAAAAUAGAAGAUAUCUUUAAGAAUAAUAAAAAUUUUAUUAAGGAAUUUUAUGAAAUUAUUGAGUACUUUAAAUAGCCACUUGAAGAAUAAGAGAAAGUAAACUUGAAGCAUCAUAAAGAAGAAGAAAACGAAAAGUAAAAAAUUUAGAAAAACGAAAAUAUACUACCAAAUGUUUUGCAAUUGUAAGAUGAAGAUAUACCUUUCCAACCAUAAAAUAGAUCUUCAAUCUAACAGGAAAUUAAAAUUGAUUAAUAAAACAGCCAAAAUAGCUGUUUGAGUCCUGAUUUUGGGGAGAAGUUUAAUAAUUAAAACUUAAAUGGAAUCGGAGAAUAAAAAAGCAACAACAAUAAUAACGGCAAUAAUGCUAACAACAAUAACAAUAACAAUAAUAAAAGCUUUGUUAGCAGUGCUUCCAAGAGCUAUCGUCCCUUCAAAAGCUAUAUCAAAAAACCUAACACUUGGUUUAACUUAAAAAGCAUCCCUGAUUCAUAAAUAUAUGUAUAAAUACUUCCUUAGAAACAAAAAAUAGUAAUAUAGAGCAUUUUCAUUAAUAUCUAAGAUGAUUUCCACUCAGAUUCAUGCACUAAUUUUGAAUCUUUCUAUUAGCUUGAUGACAUUUUAAAUAGCCUCAACAACUCAGAAUUUAAUGACCCAAGAAUAAAAUUAAUUUUAAAAAAAUUAUACUCGAAAAUAAACUCUUUUAAUAUUGAAGAAAAAGUAUCAAUUGAAAAUCAAAAUACUUAAAUAGAGAUGUUUACUUAAAAUCAUAGAGAAAGAUUUACUUCUACUCCUGCUAUAGGAGCUUCAUAAAAAAGCAGUGUUAUUAUGAGAUAGACUGCAAAGCUUAACUAAUCUAAAUAAUUAUCUAAUAAUUCCCCAACUGCACUUUAAAAACAACAACUUGAAUAGUAGUAUCUUAAAAAUCUUCUUCAUGCCACUCCAGCCGUGACUAACAUAGAUGAUUGGGAUUUCAAUGUUUUUGAGCUUAGGUCUGUAGAAGAAAAAUAUACAACUGCAUGGAACAUUUUAUAGAGGGCUUAGUAUUUCGAAUCUUGUUCAAUCCCAGAAGAUGUUUUUGCAAACUUUGUUAAAGAAUUAUAAAAAUAAUAUGAUAUAAAAAAUAAUGAUUUCCAUAACUUUGAUCACGGUGUUUCAGUUAUGUAAAGCUGCUAUAUGCUAUCUAAGUGUUAAAGAGCAACAUAAGUAUUAAAACCAAUUGAUAUAUUUACAGUUAUACUUUCUGGUCUUUGCCAUGACGUUGGGCAUACAGGAAGGACCAAUAAUUUUGAAAUUUCAGUUUAAUCAAAGCUCGCUAUUAGAUAUCACGAUAAAUCUGUUUUAGAGUAACAUCAUCUUGCAACCACAUUUAAAAUUAUGAAAUAGUCAUUAGAUUAUAACAUAUUGCAAAAUUUAGAACCAAUCACUUAUAAUCAAGUGAGAAGAUCAAUGAUCUCAAAUAUUUUAUACACAGACAUUAAGUAACACUUUAAACUGAUUCUAGAUUUUGAAACAUAAUGGAAAAAUUACGAUGAAUAACUAAAAACUACAAACAGUGAAGGAGAAAUUGAUCUGUUAACUGGUAUGAUUAUUCAUACAGCAGAUUUUACAGGGGCAGCUAAGCCAUUCCCAUUAUCAAGAUAAUGGUCAGAAAAAGUCAAUAGGGAAUUCCAUAAUCAAUAUAUUGAAGAGGGCAAGAGAGGUGUAGAGUAGACAUCAUUUAUGAAAGAUUUAGAUAUACUCCAUGUAAUGGCAAAGGCUGAAAAAGGUUUUCUUAGUGUUAUAGUCCUUCCUCUAUGGAAGUCUUUAAAUGAUUUCUAUAAAGGAGAGCUUAACACUUAAAUUGAAUAUUUAACUGAUUCUAUAAAUUAAUGGGGAGAACUUUCAUAACAAGUUCCACAAUAAGCUUCUCAACCUUAGUAAGUAAGUUAGAAUAACGAAGAGAAAGUUAAUGAAGCCUGUGAAGACAUAAAACAAAUAGAAUCUUCAUCUGAAAGUGAUGAUGAUGGAGAUAUAGAUGUAGAUGUAGAUGUAGAUGAAGAAAGCAAUCUUCAAAAAUAACAACAACAAUAAAAUGAAAAUAUUAAAAAUGCUUCUGAUUAUGAAGAAGACAAAAACUCUAAUGAAAUAAUUUUUGAAAUGGACAAUGAAGAAUCAAACGAAAAAUUAAAUACAAUAAAUUGUGAAGAUUCUGAAAACUAAUAACCUUCAGAUAGUUCUCCUCACUAAUGA